GUGUGUGACCGCCGUUAUGUGGUAGUGGUAGUAGUUGUUUUCGUUUACAUUCAAGAAGAUCAGGCGAGUUAUUUGGGCAGGUGGAUUUGAGUAAUACCAUGAUAAAUACGCCUUUUUGAAUGACGAAUAAAUGUAAAUUGACGUGGUCGUUGAAGUGUUCGACCUAACAAUCGACCGGCAUGGGUAUAACGAAACUAUGUUAUAGUGUUAUGAUGACGCGCACAGACUGUGUUGGGUUAUGGGUGUAGCUAGGCCCUUGGGUGCCGCUAUGCCCUAUCGCUAUCUAGCGUCGACUCUUCACUGCGAUGGAAGGAUUAAUGCUGUGGCUGGUGUCCAUCGCAGUGGCUGUGUGCCUGAUGUGUGCUUUAUGGGCAUGCCUUUGGGGUUGUCGGAAAACGGAACCCAAAAAUGAACUCUUAGGGCUUGCUGGUAUGGUGAAGCUUACCAAUCCUGAUGAAGCUUACAGUCAGAAUGGUCAAUGGGCAGCAACAAAUUCGAAUUCUACUCCUGCUGCAUCAGAUAGCCAGUCGAACAAACGAUGUUCUACGUCAGCCAACCGCAGUCUCCCAGACCUCCCUGUGGAUGUAAUACAUCGUCGACAUCCAGAUGGAAGUGUUAUCUGGGAGAAUCAGGAGACUGGAGGAGAUACCGGCUCAGAACUCUAUGCCACUGUUGAGGAAAAUUCAAGACCAGGUGCACAAAUUCGUGUGAAAAAGAUUGUACCUCGAGAAUUGUCAUCAGAAAGUAAGGAAGAAAGCGAAAGCACUCGGGAAGGUGCAUCCCCAAAUUGCCAACCAAAUGUGAUAGAUGAUGAUGGAUUUCCUACUUAUGCAAGAUUGCGUAAAGAACAUCCUUAUGACAAACUGAAAAAAUGUGAGCAUCCAUAUGCCCAGGUACGUCCACCAAGUUCUAGAGAGCCAGAUGCAGAGCAGACAGUAACAGAGAGGACUGAUGGGUCUGAUCCAGUCCCACCACCAAGAGCAAGAAAGUCUUUGUCACAUGGGUCACUUACUCCACCUCAAGCUGCUGUGUCUUCUGGGGUGAAUGGUUCAGAUGCUGAAUCCCCACGUUCACUUCAUUCGGGGCAAAUGCAGUGUUCUCCUCAGGGGUCAACGUCUGACAUAGGUGCUGCUGUGGCUAUUUCUGGUCGAAUCUCUGCAAGUCAAGAUUUGCCCUACAUGACCCCUCCUAUAACGUCAACUCAAACUCAAACUGUUCAGCACUUUAGUGGAGAUUCCCAAGAUUCAAGCAAAGGCUACACAAGUAUCAGCGUACGGGAGCCCUUAGCAAAUAUUCGUAGACAAAGACCUCAUGAUUCACAUUAUGCAACAGUUUCAGAUGAUAGUGAUGAGAUGUAUGCAGCGAUUGAAGAUCCAAGUCAAGUUUACACCAGUGGAAGUGAGACAUAUGCCCAGAUUCAACCACUGGCUCUUGCAUCUCUGCCUAUCAUUCCCGUUCAGUCUCAUACCCCAGAAGUUGUUGAGUGUGAGAUAGUUACAAGUACUGCAACGCAGACGGUUCAAAGUGGACUGACAACUGCAUCCCAACAAGGUUUUAUAGCACCCCAGCCACCAAGUGUUGAUAGCUUAAAACAUGUGGCUCAGGCUCAUUCACGGCAAGCCCCUGAUAUUUCUGCAGCCUCAUCAUCUAGUGCUACUAGUUCUGUAGCUAAUUUGGGUUCUCCUAAACCUGAGAAAAGACCAGCAAACUCACCACUUCCCCCACCUCCUGCAAAUUUAGCAAGUCCUGAAGGUGGUUGUAGUCUGGAGGAUAUGUAUGCUAAGGUUGUUAAAAAGAAGAGAGGCAGCUCUGAAGAAACGGACUCUAGGUCUCAGGAGACUGACAGUCCUAGGAGUCAACCUUCCUCCCCACAGCGACGCUUCUCCACUCCCCUUCCUUCUGAUGUACCGAGCAAUGAUCCUGGCUAUGAAACUGUAAGUGCUACUGAAGCAGUAGUUCAAGAAAAUUUGCAACAGGUUCAUCCAGGUUACGAAACUGUUAGAAAAGGUGCAUCUUCAGACUUGGAUCCAAACUACGAAGAGCUGCAAGUUGAAGGAAUGGAGCCUGGUUAUGCUCACAUUCGGUCACAUGGUAAAUCUAAGGAACCAAAAUAUGCAAGACUUUCACAGGAUCAAUCCUCAAGAAAACAGGAAUCAGCCAUAGAACCGGACUAUGCCAGUAUAUCAAGAGGCAUUAAGGUUUCUAGUGAACAUAAAUCCAAGAAAAGGGAAGACGCAGAUGACCCAGGCUAUGAACAGGUUCGUCUUCAGAAGGAAAUUUUGUCUGGUGAAGACAGUGACCAUGAAAACCCAGGAUAUGAACGAGUCCAUGCACGGAAUGCCGAAUUAAAAAAAGCUGCUGCUCUUGAUAAUGACCCUGGCUAUGAACAGGUUAGGCUAGCCGGUGACAGUCGUAAUCAUGUGAUACCUGAUGAGGACUAUGAAGGUGUCACGUUGAGUCAGGUGGAUCCUAACUAUGAAACAGUUCACAAUGAGGAGCCCAACUAUGAAAGUGUUCAAUAUUGCAAUAACUCCACCACAAGAGGAGAUAGCUCUGGAAAUAAAUUUGCAAACAGAGACGAGGCAUUAAAUCCCUUACUCGGGAGUAAUGAGAGCUAAACUUGUGCUUAGAUAUUAUUUAGAAGUUUGUAUGGAAUAUUGCAUAGCAUUUAAGAUGUUCUGUGCAUUUGACAAAGCAGCAGCAGCUUUCCUUGAAAUUUGCCUCAAGUACUAAAGAAAUUAUCCUGUGAUUAAUAAUUUUACUGAGAAUAAUUCCAUGUUCAGUAUUAAUUCCAGUACUACUUAAGUAUCUUUUACAUAUGGAAAAGUUUAUGCUGAAUUAUGUAUGUCCUUAAAAGCUCCAAGUUUUACUGUAUAGCAGAAGCCAUGAGUUAAUUGUUACCGUACCAUUAUUUACCAAUUUGCAUAUAACUUAUGGAUGAGAUUGACUAUCUUGCAGCAAUCAAUCCAAUUCUCUUUGUGAGGAAAUCUUUGCAACGAUUAUGCAUCCUUGGAAUUCCAACGAUUUUCAUUAGUAAUUCAUUGUUGUACAUGUUCUAUUAAGAGUAGUAAGACUUGAGAGAGUGUGAGAGACUAAAGUUUUUCUAACUUUUAAAAUGUUAUAGAUUGUAAAUGCUAAAUGAGCUAAGCUAAAAUUCAAUAUUUGACAGGCAGGAAGGGGACUUAGGUUGUAGUUCUGAGAGGAUUGUGCAAUUCUAGGAAUCGUUGAGAUUGACUGAGCACUCUCUGCAUGUAGAUGACUUUUCACUUCAUUCCUUAGUUCUCCCUCUGCAAGCACACAAUUAUGUUGGAAACUUUUUCAGGUGGUGUAAGAAAACUUAGGUCAACAAGUUACUAGUCAUCUACUUGAAGAGGGCAUUUUAAGAUACAACAUAUCUUUUAACAUAUUUUUAUUUCUGUUGAUAAUAUUAAUAUUGAUUACAUAUUUUACAGUACAAAAUUAAGAUUUAUUAUGUAAUGUUUGUAGAUAUUAAUAUUCCUUGCCAGUACGGCAAUCUAAUUUAUAAAAUAAAAUAUAAAGCACAAGCUACAAAAAAUAA